ACAUGUACACCACUUGAGCGGUGGACGAGCUCUUCCCCUUCCCAUUAGUACUCUACAUAUUAUUACAUUGAAUUGAUUUUUUUAAAUGUCAGUAUUAAGCUAAUCAACAACAUUAGUCCAUGUAAUUACGAAGAUAUACUCACAUGUGCAACACAUGCAUUUUACUAGUUUAUUUAUAUAAAGUAAUAGCUCCAUAAACUACCAAACAGAAUCUGCACCAAAUAUCCAGCUGCAACCAGCCAACCACAUCUUCCAAAAUUGUUUAUCCAUUUCAAAAUAAGCAGUUUGGAGCAUUUUAUGAUUGGUGGAACUGGAUUUUCUUUCAUGAAUGUAUAUAUACACAUCAUUUUCCUACUUUAUGUAAUUGGUUUGAGUUGUUGUCUAUGCUGUGAAGUUUGUGAAAUCUAUUGCAUUUAUAAUUUUAUUUGGUCUUUUUUAAUGGUUUUUUUUCCUCUUAAUGCCUUGUGGUUGCAGGGCUUGUAAUCUAGAGGCACUGAAAGGAUUCCCUUUCUUUUUUCUCGUAUUUUCCAGUUAGAAGUAACUUGUUCAAAUUGGGUGUUCUCCAAUUCCCAUCUCUUCAUUGGAAAUUCUUCUUCUGAAUCUUCUAUGCAUGAAUAACAGGUUUCAAGUUUUGGGGUGUCUGAUUGUAUUUAAAGUUUAGACUUUUCAUUCUCCAUUGAAAGGAGGAGAGAUUUUAGAGAUGACCUUCAGGAAGUCUUUUCUUCCAAGAAUAUUUUCAUCCAAAGAGAAGACCAUAAGCCAAACCGACGAAGAUUCAUUCGAUUCUUCCGAAAUAACAGUGGAAUUUGAGAGAACCUUGACUUUUUCAGCUACCCCACCAUCCUUCAGAAAAAGCUUAUCUGUUGCAGAAUCAGAGUCUACUUCAAGGCUUAGGAGUCUAAAUUUCAGUAACUUCCAGUCUCAGAUGUCGGACAUCUCAGACAGACGAGACUUCAGGCCUUGGCAUGCUUUCAGGAAGUCACCAACAGAUAUUGCCAAGAAAAGAAAUCUACAUUGUGCGGAAUGUUUAUCAUCAAUGCUGGCCCUGGUUUUAGGUUGCUGUGGAGGACUCUGUAGUCUUUUAUCGAUAGAAAAACCACUUCAAAGAUUCUUGUACUCUCAAUGAGGCUGUUC